AUGUGUGCCAGGCUUGCGCAGAUUCUGCAUAUGCAGGGCCGCUUUGGAGAGGCCGAGCCUCUGCUGCGUGGAGCGCUUGGCCUUUUCGAGGAUUCCUUGGGACCCGAGCAUCCACAGACACUCAGCUGCGUCCGAAACCUCGCCGUGCUGCUGAAGCAGCUUCCCAAAGAGCGCCACAGUGCCGUGCUACCUGAAGCUGAGGCUCUCCUCCGCCGGGCUGCGGUCGGCUAUGCUGCGGCAUUUGGGAAGGAGCAUCCCGAGGCCCAGCGUGUGCAGAGGAACCUGAACAACUUCAUCCGCUGGCGAAGCGCGCAGAGGGCCGCGUCCUCUCACUCGGAGCUUUGA